GCUAAAAAAAAAAACAAAUCAAUCCCAAAACAAUGUGCUUGGUAUUGCAAAAUGGAGUUGAUUUUAGAAGAAAUCGAAGCCCUCCAAGCUAUAUUUUGCAAAGAAGGAGAAUUCACCUUGAAUUUUGUUUCUGAUGACAGUGCUUGUUUCAGUAUAAAAUUUCCAAUCUUGGCAUCAGGAAAAUCUACUGAUGAACUUGAAAUGUCAGUGACUCUCACAGAUGAUAGUUAUCCAUCUUCUUUUCCAAAUAUUUCACUGUCAUGUUCGGCGCUUACAAGAAAGAGGUUGGAUAAUUUGAGAAAAACACUUCAAGAAUUUCUCAUGACCUUACCAAAUGAUGAAGGCAAACUACUUGAAAUCGCAAAUUGGCUCCAGGAAAGAUCUGCUGAGAUUACAUCGGGGAACAGUACAUCAAAUGAAAAUUUCCCAAAGAAAAGCUCAAAUGAUGAGCUCCUUAUUGUGAAACUGGAUCACAUGAGAAGUCGAUCUCGCUAUCUGAGAACUUUAAAUAGUUGGGCCCAGGAACUGGAUCUAUUGAUUGCUGUCUUUUUAGUUCAUAAGUUUAUUUUUCUAGUUGUUCAGGGCCAAGAACACAAUCUUAAAGAGUAUCUAAAAAGGCACAAAACUUGCCUAGUGGAUGUUGAUUCCAGUGGAAAGCCAUGCAAAGAGAAAAUGAUGAAUGUUAUUUUUCAGACUUCUUGGAAAGCAGAGUACAAUUCAACAGGAUUGGAUGUUUAUGAAUGCUCCACAUACAGUCAUUUGCAAAAAUCAUUUUCUGAACUUGGUCUGUCUGAGUUGUAUGAUGAACACAUUAAAGUGUUAUUGCAAGAAAAGAUUGACUGAUCAUGAAGAGAAGUUGUAGAUAUUAACUAUGCCAAAUGGAAGUAAAAAUGGAAUGAAGAAAUUUAAUUCAAUAAAGCACUCAACAGAUCUA